UCGAGUUUUACUUUGAACGACUGUGCUGUGCUCACACUUCGGAAUGAAUCGUUCUAACCCAAGUCAGCUAAGGUAAAGAGUGAAAACUGUUUUCAACAUACUCUCGCUGUAGAGAAUCUAAUGUGCGAUUCUGCUGUCGUUUCAGUUGUUAUCUUGGCUGUAUAACUCGAGAGAAAUCAGAGGCAUACUUGUUUGGAAGAAAACCUGGCACUUACUUGAUCCGAGACAGCAGAUCAAUUCCUGGUGAUUUUGUACUUUCUGUGAGGUAUGAUCGCAGUAUUUUCGAUGCAGACAUACUAAGUUCGUUUCCAGUCACAACCUAAGCGAUUUUUUCCUCUGAAACUAAACAACAUAUUCACUUUUAAAAACAAAAUUAAGCUUCUCAUUAAGCACACAUAUUUCAUGUUCAUUUUCUUAAUGACUCCGAGUUUCCAAAUUAUAAUUUUCGACAUUUCGAUCUGUUUUGGUUAAAAGUGUAAUUGAUCACAGCUUUUUAAUCUUUUUAUGUACGUUUUAAAGCGAAUUCGAUCUACUCUGAUGUCAUUAAUUUUACAGAUAAAACGUAAUUGUGGCAUAGUUGUUAGAACGACAGCACUUCAAAUGGCCUUCCCUUGUCAGCACUUCUUGGCGUUUGUGACAUAUUUAGCGAAGAAACAGACGCAGAAAAGGCGGCAAACUCUCUUGUUUAUCGUAAAAUGUGCUGUGGUUUAUAAAGAUACAAACAGAAGGUUAACCCCACAACUUGAGCAUGUGGAUGUAUACAAAUUUAUCAUCCAAUGACAAUGACGUACACAUAGGGAAACAGACGUUUGAAAGUGCAAGUUUAUUUAUGAACACGACUUUAUAGUUUGUUAUCGAUUACGCUAAACACAUUUUCUGUACAGCAAAUAUCCAGGUUUGAUAUUUUUUCUAAAAAUAAGGGAUCGAAAAUAGUGAACGUGCUCAAAACGUUACAGAUAAAUUUCCAGGCAAAUAACUUUUUAGGAAGAGGAAGUAACUGGUGACAGUGAACAUCAGUCAAUAAGAUGACACAAUUGUAUUAAUAUAUGUGUUUUUGAAAUUCUUAAAAUCUGUUGUCAUUCAUGUGGUUACUUAUUGGCACUUUUUAAACCAAUUUUUUUAGUUAUAAAUGUAUGUACAUGUCUUUGAUAUUAAUUUUCUAUUUAACUUUUGCUCACAGCAGAUUUUCCCCCAAUUGUGUGCAUGCCUAACGGUCAAAUGUAAAUGAUACCUUUCAAAGAAAGUUACUGGAUCAAUUUCCUUAUUACAUGUAAUUAUUUUUAUAUGGUGUCUUAAUGCUAUUAUUUUAGUUGAAAAGUUUGGGCCGAAGGCCGAGGUGGAUAACACCCUCCGAGAUCUGCUUAAUUCUUCAUGUCCUGUGAAAGCCGAAUUUGCACUUGUUUUAUUAUUCAUUCAAAAUCAUUCCUAGUUUAAAAACAGAGCUAAAACAUGCUUACCUGCAUCGAUGUUAAGUUCAUCUGGAUAGUGUACAUUUAGGUUUGUUCAGCUCCGCAAGUAUUCUCUAAAUAGCAGAUGUCGCCCUGCGAGUUGUCUUUUUGCUGUUUUUGCCAUGUUUUUAGCUAUUAUUUCGCCUAGUUCCAGCUGUAGUUCUUACUCUUGAAAUGAGUGAAAUGUCCGCCCUUUUUUUUCACAACCAAAACAACUCAACCUCAUCCCCAGGUCUUCUUGGUACCGGUGCCUUAACCUGUAGCGGGCUGCAUUUUUGACGUAUUUCCUCGUUAAACCGAAAAUUCUACCAAAUUUGGUCAUCACUAGAUAGAUAGAUAGAUAGAUAGAUAUUAUCCAUUGCAUGGAUUACGGACUUUUUGAAUACUAAGACCAAUCAACAAAGGAACAAAGAUACUACGUCAUGAAAUUUAAGAAAAUAGCCGCGAAUUUACAAUAAAACCAUUAGAAAAUAGGGAAUAUUUUCAAUCUAUUUGUUCUAAUAAUAAAAGCGCUUUCUCCUUAAGGCUACAGUACUAAGAUUACGUGGCAAAUGGUUAAAUUAUGCAUGUGCUUUUAUGAAUAAUAAUAUCAAAUUAACAGAUAAUGGACUCACACUGGCAGUCAUUUAACUAGCCAGUCGGUCAUAUUACAUCUCAACUUGUUACAAGGCAACAACUAUAUCCACUUAGUUGAGAUGAGGGUUGGCAACACUCUUGACAACUUACAAGAUGAAACAGAGUGGACAUUAAAAAUGAUGUCAGCUUGCCAGACUUUGUUAAAUGAGGCACUUACAGGAAUGCUGGACUGAACACCACCAAUGUUUACCCUGGUCCUGUUAUGACAGCAAGUGUAUGGUGGUUCACCAUUUACAAAAUGUCUGCAAAAUCCAGAAAGUGAAUUGAACAUGACUUUUCAGGGUGUUCCAGUGGAAAAUUUUGCAAGGGCAGUGGGAUGUCUGGAGAGUUUGCCCUGUUUUUCCGGUUGGGCUUUUCCAAAUGGAACCUGUAAUCCUUUCCUAAAAAACCAUCUUUGGUUCCAAUUAUUUGGCUUCUGUUGCCAUUUUUCUGUGAAUAUAUAUAGCUGAUUUGUGCAAAUGAUAAACACAAUCAAAAUCAAGCCAUCCUAGUUUUAGUUUACCAACUGACCAUACUAUUAACCUCCUAUGUAUCCCAUACAUCAGUGACUCCUCUGAAACUUUUUAUAUUGCUCAUAUCUGGCAACUAACAAACUAACAAUGACUUUUUGAUGACUGCUGAGAAAUGUUUAAAAACAAAGACAGACUGGUGGACAAACAGGGAGCCAAGUUACUUACUUAAGAAAUUGAGACUGGAAUAAAAUUAAACAAGUUCUCCAUUGUUGUUUUCAGUGAGAAAGGCAAAGAGAGGAAUGUCAGCCACUACAUCAUCAACAACAAAGGAAGUCAUUAUCAGAUAGGAGAUAAUACAUUCCAGGACCUUCCUGGCAUCAUAGAAUUUUACAAGAACCACUUUUUGGAUUCCACAAACUUAAUACAACCAGUAAGAGAGACUAUUUGCUUCCUUGUAUUUUUACUUUUCUCCUUUCUCUACAUGUAGUUCAUACUAUGCUGACUAUGAAAGAAAUAAACAGAAUAACAAAAAGUAAUGCACAGGGUGUUCAUUAGGCAUCGGAGAUCAGAGAAUUCUUCGUUUGUUACACAGAAUUCUCCGGCUAAUGUGUGAUAGCCUAUGAAUAUUUUUUAUUCAGACAUGGAGCCUCUUUCACAAUAUACUCCUGUGUAAAUGUUACACCUUUCUCCUGCUACUAGAAUUCUUGAUGAAAGUCGUGGAUACAUACUAAAGAGAGGAAAUGGAAUGAAACAUAUACAUUCAUAAUAUUGUUAUCACCUGCAACUCAAUGUUUUAAAUAGAUAUUUUAAUGUUAGUGGUGAUUUUACUGCUGAAUUCCAAUUUUAUAUGGACAAUCAUUGUACAGAGGGCCUUUUUAAGCCACGUAUAACACAUGAACUUCAGACAGUGAAGUUAAAAGUUAUGGAAUACCAAACUUUGGGGCAUGGUUUUAUCAUCAGUAUACUUCAUUUUAAAAGGAUCAGUCAAUGGACAGUCACUGACUGAUGAAAUCAAAUGACCGAAGAAGAUAGUAAUUUUCCACUGGUGAACAAGCAGAAUGUCAAUAUGGCAGAAUAUUUGCCAAGUUCUUCCUCAUCUUUUAUGGACUCAGGCGAAGUUGAGCAGUCAAUAAGAAUGAUAAAAAAGAACAGAGCCAAUAUUGAGCCAUCUUGACCUCAUAUUUUGUAAUUAAAGGAUUGAAUAUAUAUGACUAAGAGAAGUUACAAACCAAAGUGGGUAAUUAUUCUCAUCUUGCCCACUUGGCUAGCCAAUCACAACACUGUAUUUGCUUCAUGAUAACAUUCUUGGCAGUAGCUACAUAAGUAUUUAGCUCUGCAAAAACUCUUUGCUCUUUGGGUCCAUUCUUUUACCAUCUAUUUUAUUCAAAUCACACUGUUUUAAAGGGACUGUGUCACGAUUGUGCGCAUGUGUGAGCUGUGACAGUAGCUGAUUGUGUUUGAACCAAUCGGAAGCGAGUAAGCUGCACGUGAGGAAAUUUACAUGAUUUAAGAUUCAUUGUUCGCGAAGUGGGAGUCUUCCGGACGUUUGCGUUGGAUUUUAUAUAUAUCCCCAUAAUUCAUAUUUAUUCUCUAGUAUUCCUCAGAUAAAUGUUGCAGAUGAUAAGAAUAAGAUUAACAACCCUGUCCUGCUUUGAAACAAACAUUUACCUUUGUGUAUUUUUAAGUAAGCACGCUAGAAAACCAGUCUCCGAUCCGCAAACAAAAAUAAUUUGUAAACAAACCUUACUGAUCUCUCUGUUUACCCUAUAUAAACUUAGAAAUACCUGCAAAUAGCUCCUGACCGGUGAUCAAAACAUGAUGAGGCAAACGUUUUGCUUAAAAUGUAUAUGAUGCCAUGAGGCAAGCUCAGUUUUGAUACUGGCUGAAAAUAAAAUUGUUUGAAAGCCAGCUAAUUGCGAUAGUAGCCACAUAUAAUAAAAUUAUUCUAAAAGAACAACGGAAAAAAAGGAAUAAACAGAAGCCCAUAACUAUGGCAUAAAUUUCAACUGCUUAUCAGCAAAUAAAAAAAUUCCUUCCGAGUCGUUGCGUUGCGUGUUCCGCAAAAGAAAUGAUUCAACACAUAAAGAAACCAGAUGUUAAAUGGAACAUUCAGGGAAUAAUUUAUUUUUAAAAGAUCAAUAAUUGAUCUUUUAAAUAAAAUUAUUCUUAAACAUCUAUGCUCAUACAGAAAAGAUACAAGGAACAUUCCCAGUGAACUACAUCAGUAAAGAUCGCGCGGCCUGUUGUCAGUACUUUCUACUGUACAACUACGGAUCGGAGUCAUAAAUCGAAUGCCUGUUAAAACGUUUCAUGUUCGAUGGUUUGUCUCCUCAAACCUCACACGACUUCAAGUACAACAAAAGAUUGCUGAGUUUUCUCCUUCUGAUUUCAGGCACUCGAUAAAUUAAAUUGCUGCAGACAAUCGGAAGUCAUGUCGCAGAUCAGCUUCACUCGCCGCUGAUUCCCAUUAGUAGUCCACGGCUGUAUCGAGGAAACCCUUUUUAACUCCUCUUUACAUAUUUAUCGUUUGAAAAAUAUCCGUCAAAGGUAGAUAGUUGACUGGAGAACCUUGAUAGACAGAAAUGAAAGCCAGAUGACCACAUUAAAGGCUACAUUUGAUCCGUUUGUAGGAACACUGACAACAACGAACUUGGCUUCGUACGGUUCUCCUCAAUGACUUCAAAUUUUCUCGACAAUACUUGCACAAAAGUACAAAAUAUGGCGUUUAAAACUUCCCAAAUGGACCAAAUAGCUUUUGAAUACUGAUAUUAUGGCUCUCUCGGGCGUCUCAGGGUCGAUGAAAGAGGAUUUCUUCACCAAACGCCAAUCUUGAAAAACUGUUCGCCGGAGAGAAAUCAAGUUGCGGCACAAGCGCUGAAGUGUGUCACAGUCCCUUUAAGUUACAGCUAGUACAUAAUUACGUACUAAGGAAAUAGAAAUAGAGGGAAGAGACAAAGUGGCAAAGUGUUAUAACACUUACAACACUUUUUAUAAUAUAAUGCCCUGGCUGUACAACUAACUUAAUCUCUUUUUAGUUUGGGGUCCUUGAUUUAUUGCUAUCAUUAUUUAUGUAUGUGUGUGUUGUAAUGUAAAAUAAUGUUUAGGUCAAAAUGGUUUCAACUUACAGUGUAGGUUGAUUCUCAAUUUACCUAUUUAUUCAUGAUCAAGAAUGACUAAGGCUAGGUGAUCACAAAAGUUGCGAAUCAGCCUACUCUGAAACUAUUUAACCUGAAUUUCAUUUUUACCAUCAACAAGAAUAGUACCUCUUGUAGGUCCAUACCCUUCGGUAUGCAAGGAGAAUUUUAAACCUGGCAUUUUAAAUGCUAGCCAUUCUCUUGUGAUAAACCCCCACCCUUCUACAGUUUCUUUAGGCAGCGAAACUGUCAAUUAUGUUUUCUUAAAGCCCAGCGGAGUAAGCAGGAAAGACGCACAAGGGCAUUGUGCUAAAAGGAACAAAAGUAUAAACUACUAUAACUCGGGCUACUGUUUCUUAGAAUUUAUUUCUCCAUUAAUUCUUUCCUUUAUUGCAGAUAUUUAAAGUUCAAGCUCAGUAUCCAUUCUCAGGAAAGGUAGAAUUUCAAAAUUACAACAGUACUUCUUUAUUAUAUUAUUGAAUAUUCAACUUGUUAAACCCUAACAUUAGCUUGCAUUCCCUAUGCUGUUGGUGUUAAGCAUUUUUCAUGCUCUAUUAUGAUGUGAGCAGUUUUUCUAACGGCAUUCUUGCAUCUACCUCCGCAGGAUGAAGAGGACCUCAGCUUUAAAAAAAAUGAUAUAUUAAUUGUUGUGGAACAAAAUGAAGAGAAAUGGUGGACUGCAAUGGAUGAUCUAGGCAAUAGAGGGCUUAUUCCAGAACCAUAUGUAAAAAAGGUGUGUUUUACAGUGAAAGGUUUGUUUGCGGGAGUCAUGACAUGAAUAAACAAGAAUCGCCGAAAGGCGAUUUUUAACUGGGCUGCAAAGGGGCUAUGUUUUCUGAAGGGAUGGGGCGGCUAUAUACACUCAGGCUACCAUAAAACCUUGUCGGCGACCAUUGGAUGCGACAGAAUCUCAUGUGAGACUGAAACAUUAACUCAUCCCCUGUUCAGAACAUUGUACCCUUUUGAAAGACUUUCGUAACCAAAAAAAAGGAGUACCAUUUUUAAGUGGGGGCUGUAUAAUAACUUUUAAAUUCCACCAUUAUGAAUAAAACAAGUUAGCCAUUAAUUCUAAGCAGGAAACAACUUGCAUUAUUUCCAUGCACCCCUUCCCCCAAUCCCUCUGUGCCCCAAAAUAUAGCAUGACGGUAUAACGUGACUAAUUUAACGUGACCGGAAAUUCCAAAAAUUGUUGUCAUUCUACGAGCAUAAAAUGCGACAGACUGAGCCGAUUUACACUAGACAGAAAUAUUGUAUUGUAUGAAAACCAGAAGUAUACUAAAACAGACAGUUAACUGCCCACUGAUCCCGCCUGAUCCAGGGGCCUCACUGACUGUACGGAGACUUCAUUGCGCUUUUCACAAACAUGCAAACUCUAAAGUUCAAAAGCCACCUUCACAAUUGUGUUUAUCGCUGCCGUCAAUCAUAAUUACAAUUACAAGCAACGAACCUUGAAACAGAGAAACACACAAAACGGAUCGAAAACCAUGACCUUUUGAACCGGUGAAGUAAAGUUUUGUUUCCUAAGAGGUCCGUUAAGAUGAUUGACAGCAGCGAAGAACGCAAUUGUCGGUUGGCUUCUGAACUUCAGAAUUCGCAUGUUUGUGAAAAGUGCGAUCCUAAUUUGCGGUCUACAAUCUACAAGAAAACGCACUAUUUUUUCCACAAGAUGAAGAAUAUUCAGUUUUAAGAUUUUCCUCAUGGUAUUUUUCUCUAACUUAAAGGAGUAAAAUCCUUUUCAUUUGGAGACCUAAAAAAGUUUAAAGAUUUCUCGCUCGCAUGUUGCAUUCACCAGCUCGCACUUCAAAUAAUGUAAAUAGAUAAAACGAUCGAUAACAUAUUUUUUACCAGUUCUGUUUGUCUCACCCAAGACUAACUUUUCUUCAUGGAAGAUAACUAUGCUGCUUUAUAACUCGUCCGAAUUUUUUGUGCCAGCUAAACAAUAUGGAAACACUAUUCACAGUGACUCCUUGAAUAUUAAAAAGACUGAACGUGACGCACUAUUAUGCCUUUGUUUACUUCUGAUCACAUCUUCAAGCGAAGUCUCUCUUUUCAAGCGAUUCAUCUCAAUGCACAAUAAUUGACCCUUAUAUUAGUUAAAACCCUAUGGUUCAUUUAUAUUAAUGCUGUUUUUACCCCUCACAUUGACUGUGUUUGUUUGUAUUCAAAAUACCUUUACGAAAAUAAAGGUGGUAUAAGUCAUGUGUGUUACUUUUCGAGAUAAAUGGAUUAUACACUUUUUUAAGUUUCCAUUUUGCGGGGACUUCAGUUUACAUCUCCAUAAAAUGGUAAAAGAAAUAUCAAGAAACAUCACGAGAGCUGAAAACUUUCAAAGGCAUGUUUCUGAAACUCGCUAAUGCUGACAUCAAUAUAGCGUGCUUGCUGAAUGGGCGAAAACACAGAAUUGUGAUCACAAGAUCAUGUACAAAUUUAAUGAUAAAAGCUUAGCAAGAUACAGAUACAAACAAAAGCAAACCCCCCGAAACCUUGACGUGGGCUACACUUGUAUGCUCUACUCAGUCACCAAACCUUGUCAGUAAUAGCUCCUAUUUUCCUCAAGUCGCUCUCUGUAAAGCUCCCGGAUGGGAUGUCCCGGUGAAGCUUUAAACUUGUGUGCGAAAUUCUGAGAGUCCCUAUUUUUGUCCGUGUCUUCUUUAUCCUCAGUAUCUGAAAUUUAGACCUCCAAAGUGGCGUGUGUUGCAUUAAAUAGAAGGAAAUAUUUAAAGGAAAAGCCAGUCUUCUAACAUGGCAAAGUUGUCACGUCCCUCGCGAAUGGACGUGCGUAACAUCAGGAUUCAUCUGCCAUUCAUCGGCAACUGAGUUGUUCGCUUCACUGACUACGAAGGCUUACAAUCAAGUCUUCAGUCAUAGUGUCGUAAACUGGUGAAAUAAUUUGCUCAUAAAUAAUUUAUGAGCAAAGUAUUUCACCAGUUUACGACAAUUAUUGUGCUUCUUAAUUGCUCAUGUACUACAUCGAUCGAUAAUUCUCUCUUUGAGUUCACGAAGCGGCCACGGCGUUCCAAACCUGAGGCUCACAGUCAUCUUUUAGUGUAAACCUACUAUGAACAGCGUGUCGGUUUGAAUGCAACGUGAGCAUUUCUCUGAGUUUCCCAGCGCCAACAUCAUCUAACUUAAACUCGAACAAUAAAAAAAUUAUAGAGUGACUCCCAUGAUCGAGUCGCUUCGAACAACGCAAAUAGCCUUCUUCAGGUUCGCAACACCUUGUGGGUUUUUCAGGGGGAGCGGAGACGAGGUACAAAAAGUAUCCGUGUAAGGCUCCGUGCAAGAGAAACUCAUAUGAAACCAUUUGUGAGAACAUCAUUUCUCCGUACCAGACCCUCGUGUCUUCCCUCCCCCUGGACGCCGUUUUUUGCCGCAGACGACCGAAAGCCCAUUUUAUGACUGGGCGCACAGGCAGCCCAGUAAAAAGAUCAUCAUCUGCCUUGGUGUUGUCCUGAGCAGGACUGUUCUUGACAAUGACUGAUGUUUCAGCAUCCUGUGCAGUAUGUGAAGAAGACUACUGUGCAGGUUGUUGAAGCAUCCAUCACUGUCAUUAUCAGUCCUAUUCAGGAUUUCACCCACCCAGAUGGUCAUAUUCCAGCCACAUAUAAAGGUGCAUUUUGCUGCCAAAUGAGGUCAUUGGUAACUUAAAAAUUUUGCUUCCACAUUUAUUUAGCAAUAACUUUGUGGAACCAGAUAUUGAAUAGACUGCAUGGUGAAACGUAAAAAUAGAUCUACGGUAAAACCCUGUUUGUGCAGCUACUGGAGGCGGGGGUGCAUAGAAAGUGUCAGUAAUAACGAGCUGUCAGCUUUAAGCGGGUGUCUGUGAAGCGCGGUUCAAAUGUAUAUUGCUUUUAAACUUCCAUGUGACAUCACUUAAAAAGGGGUUGAAAUUUUCCCUAGCCCUCUCCCCAGAACAACCCCAUACCUUUGUCCCCAAGAUUGUCGUGGUGAGGUUCAACCAUACCAUGAUUGGUCAUGGUAAACUAUCAUUGUACUCACUUGUUCUUGAAGGUUACUGAACUUCAGCAGGCACCAGCUGGAGCUCCAGUGCCAGUCACAGCUCCUGCACAAGCUGCAACACCUGUGCAAGCUUCUCCACAACAGGUGCCAAGUGACUCCAGAAGGUCAAUGCCACCCCCAGCAUCUUCAGCAGCUUCUCCUGAUAACAGUAACUCAAGAAGAACAUCUGUACCAUCUAAUUUGAGGUCACAUCCUGUACAGGUAAUCACUGUACUUCAUAUUUUUUGUGUGGCAAAAAACCAUCCUAGCUUUCACAGUUUUUCCUGUCGUUGCUACCGGCGUUGAAAAAACAUUGAGAUGUUUAGGGGAUUGCAUAUAACUAUAAACAUAUUUUUUAACAUCAAUGCUGUCACUAAGAUUAUUUAGGCAGGAAAGGAGACAGUUCGGAAGUUUUUUGGCUCUAUUUUUAUAUUUUUUAUGUGAAAGUUACUAGUAGCCCUUACUGACAGCCCUGUGUUUACAUACAAGUAGGGGUCAAAAGUUUCUAAUAUUGGUUUUAGUUUCUGACCUCAUCAAUAUCAAAUAACUAACCUGCAGUGCAGACAUAAUUCAAUAUUUUUAAUACAUGUAUAAUAAGUUGCAAAGAAGUCCCCAAAUCCCUGUUUGUUUCCUCCAACAAAAUAACAAAAGACCACAAGAGGCAGGGUUAAGGAUUUGCGGACUACUUUGCAGACACUAUUCAUCUAGGUGCACUGUUUUCUGGAAUUCAGGUCACAUUCAACUAGAAGGCAUGGUGAUCUAAGUUCAAAUGUCAUUAAUAAGCCUUUCAAACCCAGAGUAAACAAGAAUGAGUCUUGUGAGUUGGAAAAAAUUCUGUUGUGCAACCAUUCAACUUUGUCCACUUCUUGGAAAGACAGGGUUCACCUUUUGCUACCCUCUAAUAAUGAACACAAGUAUGAUACUUGCAUCAUGUUUCUGUUUCUUUUUUUAUCAGGUUAAUUCUUCCAAUUCAGAUAAUUCCUUCUUGUGUGUUGCCAUCCGACAACAUGUUCUACCUUAUGAUGAAUCAAAACUUUCCUUUGAGGUAGUUUUACUUUACUUUAAUGUCUAGGAAAGUAUUUUUUCCUUAAAUAUAAGUUGUACGUGUAUUAGGGAUACAGAUUUCCCUUCCCCCCCUUCCACUAUUGAAUUUCCCCAAGUGAAAAGUGAUCGAAUUUUCAACCUGCCCCCCCCCCCCACCAACCUCCUCCUCCUCCUCCACCCCUCUGAAAUUUCCAAAGCCUCUGGGGCAAGGCAUCUAAUAUCAGCACCAUGCUCUUGCAGCAGCAACAACAGAUCAUUUCCUUCUUGAAGUCGCUCCCAGGUUUUUGUCCCAACUUCCUUGAUACAUUGCCUUCUUUCAAAAGUUUCCCAGGUGCAACUGGUAAUGAAAGUCUUUUUGUGCAAAUUGAGAUCCACCCAUGCACUGGUAAUAGUUGAUGCCAUGGCUAAUGUACCACAGUUUAUGCAGAUAUGUAGAAACAAGUUUAAGAGACUUUAAUUUUUUCCAUUAUACUCUUACAAUUAUUGAUGUGUUUAUUGCAGAAAGGAGACAUCAUCAAAGUUCUUAAGAAAUAUGAUAAUGGUAUUUGGUUUGGACAAAAUGGUGAGAGGACAGGCUAUUUCCAGUUUAGAUAUGUGCAAAAACUAGAAGACGAAAAUCCAGACUAGUGGACAAGAGUGGUGCAGCGGAAUGAAGCUAUCUUCAAAGCUUAGAAUAGGUGUGAACUGAACUGCUUUAUGUCAGUCAACUCUCAGAAUGAACUGCAAUAGAUGCUUAAUUUUAAAGAAAUGCUUUAUGGAUGUAAGUGAUGAGCUUAACGACAGUUACACUGUACUGUGAAUUAUUGAUUAUAAGUUCAUCAUAACUUUUGAUUGUGAUAAAGUUGGAUGUUUUAGUGUACAAAGAAGAAUAUUUGACAUCUGAGCAGUUAGGAUAUUUAUAGAAGGAAAGGCAAACUGUUCCUUACUGUCAGCAUCAUGAUGAUGUCGUAAAAUCUCUCCUGUGUCUUUGACAGUGGCUUUAUUGAUUCAGGAAUUUUGUUAUGUGCUUGGUUCGAACUGGACAAUGUUGGCGCAAACUGUUGUACAGUUUUAAGUGGCCUGGUUGAGUCAAAGUGAAGGAAUGGAGUCAUCUGUCUUUUCAAAAAAUCUGCAGAAACCAUCUGAAUACUUGUUUAAUGGAGCUUCAAUCCUGACCAAUAUAUUUGGGGAGACACCCCUUAAGCUGUUCUUUAAUCUUUUGUGAGCCACUCAACUUCGAUUUCUUCAUACAUUUCUCCCUCAAUCCUGUUAGCCGCUCUGCUAGGCGCGUGGCAGCGCUUUUUUAAUGGAAUUUGCAAUUAACCAAUAAUUUAAAUGAUGAUCAUGAAUUUGGCCUCACCAAGGUUCCUCUCUGUCCCCCCUUCAGCCAAUUCCUCUGCAAGACAUUUCAAUAGUGUUUGACUUCUGACAGCUGACAUUGUCCAGAGGAGAAGACUAUUUCAAAACUCAUGCUUGAAUCUUUGUGGCACCUCUGGGAGUGAUUUUGUACGUUGUAAUAAGCACAAUUUUCUUUUCCCCCCAAGAAAUGGCCCUUAUAAAGAGAUUAUUUUCCUGCAUUAGUAGCCUGUGUACAUCCGCCCCCUCCCCUCAAACAAAAUCGGGGAGAGACAUGGCCGUACACAAGCUAUUUGUUAGUGGCAGUGAAAAGUCGAAAAUUAUUUUCUAUCACUUACCUGUUUAAUCUUGUCAACAGUGGCUUGACAUAAAUUCAAUAUCCUGCUUGAAAAAAAUUAGCCUGCGAGAAAGCUCUCCAAUUAUGGCGAGUGAAGCAAGCUGUGAGAGAACAUUCGAGCGAGCGGUGAAGCCUCUCGCACCAACAUUUCUUUUUGCUUGUAGUUCUCAUGUGACUUCUCGUGAAUCCCCCAAAUGGACAACUUGCUCGCAGGCUAAAAAAGUCUUCAUUUUGUACUCUACAGUGUAUAU